AUGAGAGACGGGUAUUUCAGCAGGGAAUACAUGAAGCAUUUGGCUCAGGAUAGUGGUCCAUUUAUGCGUCACAUUAAAAAGACAUUUAUUCUGCUGCUCACAUUAGCAUUUUUAUUGUCUGCUGUUGCUUAUGUCUCUGAUUUGUCUUUUGAGACAAUUGCAUUCUCUCAGACCUGGUUGAAUAAUAUCAUGGAUUGGAGUCAUUUUAAGGUAAUUAACAGCACUUUGGCUGAUCGUACUCAAAAGGAUUUAUUAGCACCUUUGCCCAAUCAACAAAUCCAACCAAGAGGUACAACUGUUGAACAAACCACAGACAUUCCUAUCUAUCAUCAUGUGGCUCAUCCACGCAACUAUCAUUUCAUUCUGGACGAACCUGAUAAAUGCAAGCAGGAUCCGUUCCUGGUCUUGAUGGUCCCUGUGGCCCCCCAUCAGCUGGAGGCUCGUAAUGCCAUCCGCAGCACAUGGGGGAAUGAGAGCUCAGUGCAGGGAAAAGCAGUGCUGACUCUGUUCUUGGUGGGUUUGACUGGAGGAGCCGAAGCUCAACAGCACCUGGAGGAAGAGAGUCGACAACACAGAGAUUUACUGCAGAGCAACUUUGUGGACUCCUACUUCAAUCUGACCAUAAAGACCAUGGUGAUCAUGGACUGGUUGGCCACUCGUUGCCCUCAAGCAGCUUAUGCUAUGAAGGUUGAUUCUGACAUGUACAUAAACCUGAAGAACCUGAUGAGCCUCUUAUUGUCACCCAACACACCCAGACAGAACUACAUCACAGGGUAUUUGAUGUGGGACCGGCCUGUUAUCAGAGACAAAAACUCUAAAUGGUACGUGGCAGAGGAAUUGUACCCUGAACCAAAAUACCCCACGUACCUGCUGGGAAUGGGGUAUGUUUUCUCCAAUGACCUUUCAGAAAAAAUAGUUGAGGCUUCCAAGGAAGUAAAAGCCUUUAACAUAGAAGACGCAUAUGUGGGUGCUUGUCUGAAACAGUUGGGUGUUGCACCCUCAUCUCCCCCAGACCCUUCACAGUUUAGAGCCUAUCUGGGACAAUAUAAUCGAGAAGAUUUUCUCAGAGUUAUUACGACAAUCCUGGGAUCCCCACAGCAGCUAAUAGACAUUUGGAAGGACGUAAAGAGGCCCACAUAAAAGUACUGGAGCACAAACAAACAAAAAAAGAGAAACAAAUGUCUGUUUUAAAAGAGAAGUCUAUUUAAGGCCUCAGUCAAUGAACAUUUUUUAAAUGUCUGAAAGCUGAGACUGGGACUAUGACAUACGCAUGUGGACAUGCUGACUCUAUUUCGAUGGGGCCAGGGGAUCGUUUGAGGAGCCACUCACGCAAAAUGCACUCCUGCGGAAGAACGUCUUGAGACACGUUUUUAGAGUUUAACUUUUUUAAAGUUUAACACAGCACUCUGCCUGAGGCACAAAUGUCAACGAAAUCAGCAAUGUUUGUUUACAUAGAAAAAUAAAAGCAGAACAGUGGAACAAAAAUGGUUGUGCAAUAUUACAAUAACCUUUC